AUGGCGCUGGAAACACCCUUUGCUGUUAUCUUCGACCUCGGUGAUGUGUUGCUGACAUGGUCAUCUCAGGACCAACCAUCCGGCCAAGGCAAAUUUUCCUCCAAACUCUUACAUCGGAUGCUUUCUACAAGCACUUGGAGCGAGUAUGAAUGUGGUAGGCUCAGCGAGCGAGACUGCUACAAUCGCUUGGGCGAGGAACAUUGCGUGGAUCCCGAGGAUAUUGCGAGCGCUCUCCACGAAGCGCGAGAAACGCUUCGGGCAAAUGACGAGCUGAUAGCCUUUAUACGCGAAAUGAAGGGUCAAUCCAACCAGUAUCCACAUAUCUACCUCAUGACCAACAUCCCUGCUCCGGAGUACGAUUUUCUGCGUGCCGCUAAUACCAUCGAUUGGAGCCUCUUCGACGAGGUCUUCACGUCUUUUUCAGCUGGCUACCGCAAGCCAAGUCUGUCAUUCUACCAGUAUGUGAUUGCUCAAACUAGUAUGGAUCCAUCCUGCGUUUUGUUUAUCGACGACAAGAUCGACAACGUGGUUUGCGCUCGUUCACUCGGUUUCCACGGCAUAGUGUUCGAGUCCACACGCGUCCUGAUCAAACAGUUGCGUAACAAAUGCGGAAACCCCGUCGAACGAGGACUCCAGUACUUGCGAAGCAAUGCGAAAAGGCUAUACUCCAUGACGAAUGCUGGCAAUGUAGUGUACGAGAAUUUUGCUCUGCUGCUCAUUCGGGAGGCGACCGGGGACUCCUCUGUUGCAUCCUUCACUACCCCUCGAAGGACGUGGAAUUUCUUUAACAACGAUAACAAUGCAAACUUCCAUUCAGUCCCUGAUGAUCUCGACACCACUGCGUUGGCAUUCAGUGUCGUCGAUAGUAAUCCUGCCAUUCUUCACGCUGUGCUUGAUGAGAUGUUGGAAUACGUCAACCAAGAUGGCAUCAUUCAGAUAUAUUACGAUUACACACGGCCUCGCAUUGAUCCAUGCGCAUGCGCGAAUACACUCACAUUAUUUUACAAGAAUGGUCGUGGGCACGAGUUGCCAGGCACUCUUGACUGGGUGCACAAGGUGCUCCUCCACCGCGCAUACGUCGAUGGAACGCGCUAUUAUGCCACCCCUGAAUGCUUCCUAUACUUCGUCGAACGUCUACUCAGCUCUUCGAAAGAUGCCGAACUCCACGGCAGGCUUGCAACCUUGUUCAAGGUGCGCGUUGAGGAGCGUAUAGGUGCGGCAGGUGAUCCCCUUAUGCUUGCCAUGCGGAUCACAGCAUGUGCCGUUGCAGGGGUAUACGAUGCAGUAGAUCUGCGCACGCUUUUAACAUUGCAAUGCGAUGACGGAGGAUGGGAAAUUGGGUGGAUGUACACUAUCCCGAGCACCAAGGAGAAGAUCGGCAACAGAGGUCUAUCGACCGCGAUGGCACUACAGGCUAUCUCGUCAUCGCUUGCGAGCCUGAGGAUCCAAAGCUCCGCGUAG